GUUUAAGUCAAAACGCAACACGACCAAACUUCAAAAUCCAACCAACACCAACACCUAUAGUAAACCGAAUCAGCAGUUUUCACACUUCUUCCAUGGCGGUUAUCACCUUACUAACAGCGGCACUCACGGCGGCGUUUCUAGCUUCAGCAUACGCCGGCGACACAAACAAAGUAUUCUCUCCAUGCACAGACACACGCGUCCAGAGAUCCGACGGAUUCACGUUGGGAUUCGCGUUCGCUUCGAAGGACAAAUUCUUCUACAACAAUAACAAUAGCAUUCAGUUAUCUCCGUGUGAUUCUAGACUCUCGCUUUCCAAUUCCAAUUCUCAGAUCUCUUUGUUUAGACCUAAGGUCGAUGAGAUCUCGUUGCUUACUGUUAAUUCUUCUUCCUUCGUCGCGGACUCAUAUGGCUAUAUGGUUGCAUUUGCUGGUCGGAAGUAUGCAGCAAGAUCCCCUCCUGCUUUUAUUGCAAAUGGCUCAUAUACUGUGACCAGUUUUACUCUUGUUCUCGAAUUUAAGAAGGGCAGGCUGCAAAAUUUGUUCUGGAAAAGAGAUGGGUGUUCUAAAUGCCCGAAAAACUCAAAAGCUGUUUGUCUUAAUGGUCAGGAUUGUGCACUACCAACUUCUAGUUGCAAGACCCAUAGUGGAACUGUGGAUUGCAGCUUAGGUAUACAAUUGGCAUUCUCGGGCACAGAUAAACACCUAUCAGCUCUUAACUCUUGGUAUGAAGUGAAAAACCUUCGCCAGUAUUCACUCUACGGCCUUUAUUCAAAUCUGAGAAGUUCACUCACUAGCCAGUAUGAUAAGUUUUUCUAAUUUCCUUUAGUUCUUUUGUUGAUUUUAUUUGUUCCAUUCUGUUGUGAUUUACUCAUGUUUUUAAUGUAUCAAUUUCCCACCUGCUCCCUUCUAUUCUAAAUGUAUUUGUGAAACCUAGAAUGAUGGUGUGUACAUUUGUAUAUCAAAUGUUAUAUUGAUUAUGCUGGAUACAGUCCUUAUGAAUUCUUAUUUAACUGCGGUGAAAUGUAUUUGACAUGCCAA